CGCGCGACUUAAAUAAUAUUUUACAAUCAAAUGCGAAACCGUUAGGAGAAGCUAAUAGAACACUAAAAAGCAUAAAAUAUAAAAUUCUAUAAAAAUAAAAUAAAUUUCCUUUAAAAAAGUCCAAAGUUGAAAAAAAAUCAAUAUGAAGCAUCAACAAGUUGUUGUAGACUACUGGAAUAUGAUAAAAACCUCGUUUACCUGUUUGUUAUUGGCCUUCUCUGGUUAUAUUUUAAUCAAAAUGGUACAAACCAUAUUUUGGUUACCAGGAUAUUUGCAGAAGAAUCAAAAACGUUUGGAAGAGUUGGCAGCGAAGUACUCUUUGGAGCUUAACGAUGAUAAAAGUCUUGCUGAUGUGCUCAAAGCACAGAUAGAAGCAACUAUAGAGGAAAAAGAACCGCUAACAAAUGAAAGGAGUGAUGAGGCUAAGGACAUUGAUGCGGCUGUUACGGCGAAUGUGCAAAGCGAGCCCAAAAAGCAAAAAUAAACAUGUUUCAUAUUAGUGUAAACUAUAUAUUACAAUUUUAUAUUACUUUAUUUAUAUGCUAUGUAUCUAUGCAAAUAUAUUUCAAUCUUUUAUAGCGCA